GGCAAGACGUGGUUGUACCGACCAUUGAACAUUUAUUAUCGUUACAGAAAGGACAUGGGAAAGAACUGUCGUGUUUUUAAGAAUGGAACGUUUGAGGAAACUGAGAAUAUUCAACAUUAUCGGAACAGGUAGGGCAUCUGCCCCCGAGAGCCUCACCCUGCCCCCCAGUGCCAUGGCAACGGCCCAGGAAGUGGAGCUGUCAGAAGAUAGUGUUUCUCAGGAGAAUGCCAUUGUCUGGUCCACACACUUGCAGCAGGAUGAAGCCCCGCCCCCGCCCUACUCAGAGUCUGCGAAUCAGCUCUUCUCCACCUACUUUGAGGAGAAGGUCCCCAUUCCAGAGGACAGCAAUGGGACAGGGUUCAGCUUCCGGAAGCUGUGGGCGUUCACAGGACCCGGGUUCCUCAUGAGCAUCGCCUACCUGGACCCGGGGAACAUCGAGUCGGACCUGCAGUCUGGGGCCAAGGCCGAGUUCAAGCUCCUGUGGGUGCUCCUGGGCUCCACCAUCAUUGGGCUCCUGCUCCAGCGCCUGGCGGCCCGGCUGGGCGUGGUCACCGGGAUGCACCUGGCUGAGAUGUGCAACCGGCAGUACCGCACUGUGCCACGUAUAAUCCUGUGGCUGAUGGUGGAGCUGGCCAUCAUUGGCUCUGACAUGCAGGAAGUCAUCGGCUGUGCCAUUGCCUUCAGCCUCCUCUCUGCUGGCAGGAUCCCACUGUGGGGCGGCGUCCUCAUCACCAUCAUCGACACCUUCGUCUUCCUCUUCCUGGACAAGUACGGUCUUAGGAAGCUGGAGGCCUUCUUUGGUUUUCUCAUCACAAUAAUGGCCAUCACCUUUGGAUAUGAGUACGUGAUGGUGCGGCCGGACCAGGGGAAGCUGCUGAAGGGGAUGUUCGUGCCGUACUGCGAGGGCUGCGGCCCUGUGCAGCUGCAGCAGGCUGUGGGCAUCGUGGGUGCCGUCAUCAUGCCUCACAAUAUCUACCUGCACUCCGCACUCGUCAAGUCCCGGGAGAUCGACCGCUCGAGCAAGGAGAAGGUUCGGGAAGCCAACAAGUACUACUUCAUCGAGUCGGCCAUUGCUCUGUUCAUCUCCUUCCUCAUCAAUGUCUUUGUGGUGGCUGUGUUCGCAGAGGCCUUCUUUGGACGCAGGAACUCUGAAGUGAACGAAAUCUGCAACCAGACGGGCAGUUUGCACCUGAACCUGUUCCCCCAGAACAACGAAACGCUGCAGGUGGACAUCUUCAAAGGGGGCUUGGUGCUGGGCUGUUUUUUCGGGCCGGCGGCGCUGUACAUUUGGGCGGUGGGGAUCCUGGCGGCGGGACAGAGCUCCACCAUGACAGGAACAUAUUCGGGGCAGUUCGUCAUGGAGGGUUUUCUAAAUCUACGCUGGUCCCGCUUCGCUAGAGUGCUGUUAACCCGCUCCAUCGCCAUCACCCCCACGCUGCUGGUGGCCAUCUUCCAGGAUAUACAGCACCUGACCGGGAUGAACGACUUCCUCAACGUGCUGCAGAGCAUGCAGUUGCCAUUUGCCUUAAUCCCGAUUAUGACGUUUACCAGCCUGCCCUCCAUAAUGAGUGAAUUUGCCAAUGGGAUAGUGUGGAAGAUUGGCGGUGGAGUGGUUAUCCUGGUCGUGUGUGCCAUAAACAUGUACUUUGUGGUGGUGUACGUCUCCGCUCUGAACAGCGUGUGGCUGUAUGUGCUGGCUGCCUUCCUCUCCCUCGCCUACCUGGGCUUCGUGGGAUACCUGGGCUGGAUGUGCCUGAUCGCUCUGGGCGUUUCCUGUGUGGAAAUCAGUGGGAGGGGCUGCUGUGGUCUGAUGGGACAAACGGACACGUACCUGCUGAAUGACAUGGAUGGAAAUGUACCUGUGGAAAGGUAGAAAUAGGUUUGAGGCAACAAACGAGUGAAUGAAAGAAGGGAAGGAAGGGAUGAGAAGAGAGCUCUACCUCCUGCUCUACUCAAGUGUACCUUUGUCACCAGCCUUAUAUGGCCUCUCUGUGUGCCUUUUUGGAGAUAUUAGUGAAGAGCUGGAACCAGCCUAGCUCAUUACACCCCUUUCCUACUGUAGAGCUGAACCAGGCUGGCUCAUUACACCCCUUUCCUACUGUAGAGCUGAACCAGGCUGGGUCAUUAUACCCCUUUCCCACUGUAGAGCUGAACCAGGAUGGCUCAUUAUACCCCUUUCCCACUGUAGAGCUGAACCAGGCUGGCUCAUUAUAGCCCUUUCCCACUGUAGAGCUGAACCAGGCUGGCUCAUUAUACCCCUUUCCCACUGUAGAGCUGAACCAGGCUGGCUCAUUACACCCCUUUCCCACUGUAGAGUAGGAACCAUGCUGGCUCAUUAUAGCCCUAGGGUAACCAAAUUCCCAGCACCUGUAGAGUCCUGGAGAUCCAAAAAUAAUAAUAUUUUAAUUGGGCAAUUUGAAGCAUUUACCUUUUGGAAUAAGCCACAAAUCAUCCUAUUACUAGCUUCUUAAGCUGCAACACUGUAACACUGAAAGGGAUAUUUGGUUCCAUGCUUUAUAGAAUUUGCUGCAUUAAAAACAUCUGAAGGUGCUCUCACCUGGAUUACUGUGACUGUACAUUACAAAGACAUGGUAAACAUGCGCUAUAUUUAUAGUGUUGUGACUGCUUCACUUGGACGGAAGACUAUGCAGUGUCAUAGUCUGUACGAGUACUGUGUGCGAUAUCUAUCUGCUGCUCUGCACUGCCCCGUGUGGCGGGGCUUGGACACGGCAGCGCAGGAGCUGAAAGCAGGAAGUGCUUCUCUGUGAAAGCUGUUUUAUUCAUCAAUCAUGACUUCACUGGACUGACAUACAAUCCCCAUUGGUCCAUCAGGUGCUGCAAGUCCUUCUGUUCAGCGACAAUGAACCAAGUAUGCCUUAAUACAGUGAGCCGACACUAAAUACAUUUUUAUCACAGAUUCUGGGGAGGGGGCGUGGGAAAGCUUUCAUUUUAAACGUUUAAUUAAACGUUAAAUUCCUCAUUUAAAUAUCCUUACGUAUAUUUUCAUUUACCCUUAGUGUUCAGUUUGGGUCAAAUUGACCCCAUUUUUAUUCAAAGAGGAAUGAAAUUUGAGAGAUGCAUUUCAGAACCAAGUGUAAAUUUGGUUCUUGCUUUGUGUUUCGGUGUUUCUGUAUUUGCUUCUUUUUGCCUAAAUGGUUUGUUUGAAUAUAAUUAGAUAAAGAUGAGAAAUACUUGAAAUUGUCGGACGGAAGCAAUAAAUAACAAUGAUCUAUUGUCUGAUAAAUUUGUUUCAUUUUAAGGUUUUACAGAUAAACCUGAUUUUGUGCCCCCGAUUUUGUGUCCCCUAUAUUACAUAGUGGAUUUAUAUAAAUCACAUCUGUAUCACAAUAAAUUAAUGACACUUCCAUUGUUAAAUGUGGUCUAGCAGAAGUAAAUUGUGACCAAAAGCCAAAUAUGGUUUGUAUUGUUCGUUAUUGAGAUAAAAAUGAUGAAUAUUGAGUACUUUUGCAUUUCUGUAUUGCCUUAGAAUCCUAAUGAAUUAUGAUAAUUUAAAAUGAUUAUUUAUAUGUCUGGUACAAUACAAGGUCUUUGCAACCAACUUUUUUCCAACCAAAAGAAUAACCAGUGAAAUGAUCAUGUAUUUUUGCGGCAGAAAUGUGUGUACACUCACGCUCACACACAUAAUUCAUAGGUUCAUAAGGAUCAAUGCUAUGACUUUGAGAGUAAGAUACUAUAAAUGUACUGUAUGACUAAUCAAUUAAUUCCUUAUGUUGUGUUUUAUAAAUCAUGUUAAUUAUUUCAUUGUACCUCUACAGAAUUUGUGUGUUUAGUUGUGAACACAAAUCCAUUUUGAUUCUGCAGUGCAGUAAAUAUUGACUAAGUGUUACAGGACAGAUACUACCCAUUCCUGAGAAGAGGGCGUUGCUGUGGACUGUCUAUAUAACCCUUUCAGCUGUGCCCUAACUAUGAAAGAGAAGUGUCACAUUUUUGUACUAACAUAUUUCUGCUGUACUUUCUGCUGAAUGGGUUGUUUGUAGUUUCACAAAGACAAUGUCAAAUAUGUUUUACAACAUAGACUGUGCAAUGCAAAUCGAAAUGUAAUCAAUCUGUAUUAAAUUAUUAAACUCAGACUUUAUUCCUCACCACAGGUUAUUCUUCUUCAGUUUGUUUUAAUUUUAAGGAUUAAAAUAAAGCUUGAGAAGUGAUCAUCAA